AUGGCUGGUGUAUGACGCACAUGCAGCACAGUGCCUUGCAGAUUCUUCUCCCUGCAGAGAAUACAUUUAGAACAGAGGAAUCUUUUACUCUUGCUUAACAAAUAGGUUACAAACUAAGAACUCUUUUGAUAGGGAGGUGGCACUGUGCCACCCGUAGCCCCCAUGUUAGGUGGCGCCAUGCCUGCACUGAGCGUCUCAUUCUCCUGAGGUUACUGACAGUCAGACACCUGCUGCCGCCUUGUUAGCAUUGAGGUUUCCGCUCUAGAUAGCAGAGCCUGCCCCCGAAUUUACUGCAGAUCAGGAGGAAAUGAAAGAUAUAAAAAGGCUCAUCGGUAAUAUCCUUGCAAAGGAAACGGCAAAGCAAAGUCAGCCAUUUGUAAUUUGUUGCAGAUGGUCCCACUGCACAAUUUAGCUUUAUUCUCUUUUUAAAGUAAAUGAUCUCUCACUGGAGCAUAGAUGCAAAGUCUUCCCAGGGUUAUCGUAGUGUUCGGGGGCUUCACACAUGCCGGAAGAGACGGUAACAGCCUUGCAGGAGUUUUAUGGAGUAAAGAGUCUGCACCAUUUUCUACUUCACUUCUGGACAAUUCCAUAAGGAUUAUUAAAGUUGGACGUGUUGCACACAAUGCCACAUAAUAUGAACACGGACAGCUGUUUUCACUCCAAGCAAGAGCUUCUUCAUGGUGUCAGUGACAAUGAAUUUGAAACCUCUGAAUCCAAAGAGCAGUCUGAACCGGAAACACUUGAGCCAAAAAGUUCUCCAGAAUCAUAUGAACCCCAUAAUAAUAAUGUUACACCCAAGAAGAAACCUCUGGAGAGCGACGCACGUGAAAUCAAAUUUGUGCCCUCGGAACGGGAGAAUAAAUGUGGCUGGGGGUUACUAACACCACAGUGCCUUCAGGUUUUCAAUAAUUCCAAAGGUGUGUUAGUCUUUUUGUGUGCAGCUUCUUUCCUCCAAGGGAUGACAGUAAAUGGCUUUCUCAACACCGUCAUCACUACGAUCGAACGGAGAUUCGACCUACGCAGUUACCACAGUGGACUGAUUGCAAGCUCCUACGACAUUGCGGCUUGUCUAUUCUUGACAUUCGUCAGCUAUUUCGGAGGAAACGGGCAUAAACCUCGCUGGCUGGGAUGGGGCGUCUUUAUUAUGGGCAUCGGCUCGUUUAUAUUUGCAUUACCCCACUUCACUACUGAUUCCUAUGAAACCAACUUCUCCUCUGAUGCAGAAGGAUGUCAUUCCAACCACACUCAGCAGCUUACAGAAAGUUUCUUUAGUCUUUCCAACUAUAGGUUUGUUUUCAUGUUAGGCCAGUUCCUUCAUGGCAUUGGGGCUACACCCCUCUACACCCUCGGAGUGACUUACCUUGAUGAAAAUGUCAAAUCAAGUAACUCCCCUGUGUAUAUUGGUAUAUUUUAUACAGCUGCUAUUGUUGGACCUGCUGUUGGUUACCUCCUGGGAGGAUUCUUCCUCAAUAUUUCCACCGAUAUCAGCAGUCAGACUGAUCUCACUCCAGGGAAUCCCCUUUGGGUUGGGGCCUGGUGGAUUGGAUUCUUGGCAGCUGGAGUGGCCGGGCUCCUCAUUUCCAUGCCGAUAUUAGCCUACCCACAGCAGCUUCCUGGCUCGGAGCGUUACGUGGUGAUGAGAGUAUCUGAAGCUCACCAGGUGAAAGAUAGCUCCUCCAUUGAAGAUCCUGAGUUUGGAAAAACCAUUAAGGACCUGCCAAAGUCAUUCUUGAUGCUUCUCAAAAACCCAACAUUUGUCUUCCUGUGUUUAGCGGGGGCCACAGAAGCCACAUUGAUUACUGGAAUGUCCACUUUUGGGCCCAAGUUCCUGGAGUCUCAGUUCAGCCUGAGUGCAUCACAAGCUGCCACUUUUUUUGGAUAUUUGGUGGUGCCUGCUGGAGGGGGUGGAACUUUCCUCGGGGGAUUUAUAGUGAACAAGCUCAAACUUAACUGCUCAGGAUUAUUCAAGUUCUGCAUGAUCUGUACUGUGAUUGGUCUGCUUUCAAUGUUCGUAUUCCUGAUGAGUUGCCCAAAUCUGCACCUGGCCGGAGUCACCGCCCCCUACCCUGAAAGUGCCCUGCUGGAAGGCAGUCAGAACCUGACGUCGCUGUGUAAUGCUGACUGCAGAUGUUUGGAAGAGAUUUACAACCCAGUUUGUGGAGUGGAUAAUAUCAUGUAUUACUCGGCCUGCCACGCCGGCUGCUCCGGAGCAUAUUCAGACACCAGGGACGGACAAAAGGUUUACCAGAACUGCAGUUGUGUAGCUUGGAGUGGUCUGUCUGCAGGAUCAGAGGCUGUCGCAGGGAAAUGCCUGUCGUCCUGCAAGAAAAUGCCACUCCUACUCGCAUUCCUAUUUUUGGUGAUUCUCUUCACUUUCCUGUGCAGCGUUCCUGCAUUAACAGCGACCCUCAGAUGUGUUUCUGAUAAUCAGCGCUCCUUUGCUCUUGGGAUCCAGUGGAUAUUGGCUCGGGCUUUAGGAGCAAUUCCUGGUCCUAUUGCCUUUGGAUCCAUGAUCGAUAUCUCAUGUCUACGCUGGCAGAAACAAGGCGGGGCAAACGGUUCAUGUUACUUCUAUCAGAAUUCAGACAUGAGCAACUACAUGCUUAUGGCCGGACUUGUUUACAAGGUCCUUGGGCUGCUAUUUUUCCUGCUUGCCUUGAUGCUGUAUAAGCCUCCACCUUUGUCACCUUCAGCUGAGGAGAAAGGGACCAACUGCAUUAAGGACAAUGCUGUCGAAAUCCACAGAAGGAGGGACAUGGCCAGCACUCCAUCCUGAGUAUCUCAAUCAGUCUGUGCUCUCAAACACUAAUGUACAGCGUCGCUUCUGUCCAGCCACCUCUGCAUCUGUUACAUUGCAGUUGCUGCGCCUGGUGUACUAAUGAAGGGCUUCACUAUACAGUGUAAAAGGGUCAGCUAUUACUAUUUUCUGCAGUAUGUUAAUUAAGAUAGGUCUGUUACAACAGGUUCUUAUGUUUAUAUCUAUUUUAAGUUAUAUUUAUUCACUCCGAGUGUGAAUGCAGUGGUAAUGGCACUUGGCAUUGAGGGGAAACCAACAGAAAGAGAAAUGCUCUUCUAUACACUAUGCACUUUGUAGAGUCAGGUGCACGCUGCUACCCCCACUGCAAGGGUAACAAUGUAAUCCAAAUAACUCACGCGGCAGCACUCCGAUUAGUGGCAAAAGGUGUUAAUUUAGGCACGAAUAAACACUGACCGUUUUAAUCGGAGUGAUGCAGUGUGAAUUUGCUGGAUGGGCAUUAAGGUUAAAGCACUUGAUAUAAAGCACUGGGGUCCUAAUGUUAAAGGUAAAACACAUCAGUUAAUAGUGCUGCUCCAACAGAAUUCUGCACUUAAAUCCAUUUCUCAAAAGAGCAAACAGA